CGGCUCAACACCUCUAGUGCAUCUAGCCCAUUUAACUGCUAUGCCUGCUCUUGUUGGAUCCGGUUCUAAAGUAAACUGUGUUUUUUGAAAGCUGUUGCAUACAGAUGAGUUGGCAGCCGGUCUGAGCUGACCCACAGACAUAAAAACCAACAGGGCCUCAGACACCCUCACUUGGCACACCCAAACUCUUGGACCAAAAGUGCAAGGACUUGCUCACAUCAAGGAUCCAGCUGCUUUCUUGGGGACCAAGAAAUUGAGUUUUUGUCUCUACACUUCCUCUGGCACUCCAUGAGGCUUAAUCGAUUAUAUUGGGAAAUUAACUCUGUAAAAACCCAGGCAGCCGGCUCAGUCACGCACCAAUCAGCGCUAGAGCUGGGAUUCAAGUCUGACUCUGGACCACAGGUUUCAAGGCCAGACUGAAACUGGGCCGCCUGCACACCCUGUCCAGGCCAUUAUGCACACCACAGAGUAAAAAGAAGGACAGAAGGAACGAGACCGAGUGCAUCAGCAGGGCUGUGGUAGUCUCCACUGGCCUUCCCUCUGGAGAGACUCAGGAAAGAAUGUUCAGAGCCUCCAGUCCACAUGGAAUUCAUUCGUUUCUGGGCUGGAAAGACUGAGUUGGUGUAAUACCAACCCAAACCACAGAGAACUAGAAAGGCCGACUAACAACAGGCUCUCUACGCACAUAAGAAACACGACUUUUUGUAAACAUUUAAAUCCUUUUAUUAAACUCCAGUGCCGUUUAAGAACAGGGUGUUGACAGAAAGAAUGUUCAAACAUCUUCGGAAAUGGUUUGUCACUUGCUUUUUUGGGCAUUCUCGGCAAAGAGCGAGGCUCGUCUCCAAAGAUGGAAGGUGUAACAUCGAGUUUGGCAAUGUGGAGGCACAGUCAAGGUUUAUAUUCUUUGUGGACAUCUGGACGACCGUGCUUGACCUCAAAUGGAGAUACAAAAUGACGAUCUUCAUCACAGCCUUCUUGGGGAGCUGGUUCCUCUUUGGUCUCCUGUGGUAUGCUGUAGCCUACAUUCACAAAGAUCUCCCCGAGUUCCAUCCUUCCGUCAACCACACCCCUUGUGUGGAGAACAUUAAUGGCUUGACUUCAGCUUUUCUGUUUUCUCUGGAAACGCAGGUGACCAUUGGAUAUGGAUUCAGGUGUGUGACAGAAAAAUGUGGCACUGCCAUUUUUCUGCUUAUCUUCCAGUCUAUACUCGGAGUCAUCGUCAAUUCUUUCAUGUGUGGUGCCAUUUUAGCCAAGAUCUCCAGACCCAAAAAGCGUGCCAAGACCAUUACAUUCAGCAAGAAUGCAGUGAUCAGUAAACGGGGUGGGAAGCUUUGCCUCCUAAUCCGAGUGGCUAAUCUUAGGAAGAGCCUCCUUAUUGGCAGUCACAUAUAUGGAAAGCUUCUGAAGACCACGGUCACUCCUGAAGGAGAGACCAUUAUUUUGGACCAGAUCAAUAUCAACUUUGUAGUUGAUGCAGGGAAUGAAAAUUUAUUCUUCAUCUCCCCACUGACAAUUUACCAUGUCAUUGAUCACACCAGCCCCUUCUUCCACAUGGCAGCAGAAACUCUCCCCCAGCAGGACUUUGAAUUAGUAGUGUUUUUAGAUGGCACGGUGGAGUCAACCAGUGCUACCUGCCAAGUCCGGACAUCCUAUGUCCCAGAAGAAGUGCUUUGGGGCUACCGUUUUGCUCCCAUAGUAUCCAAGACCAAGGAAGGGAAAUACCGAGUGGAUUUCCAUAACUUUAGCAAGACAGUGGAAGUGGAGACCCCUCACUGUGCCAUGUGCCUUUAUAACGAGAAGGAUGCUACAGCCAGGAUGAAGAGAGGUUAUGACAACCCCAACUUCAUCUUGUCAGAAGUCAAUGAAACAGAUGACACAAAAAUGUAGCAGUGGCUUUUCGACACAAAUAAAGCAAAGUCUUGAAGAUACCUAGUGACUAGAAGCAUUAUAAUAUAAUCAAUAAUUUGGGGGUUUGAAGGUAGGGCAAGAGACUUCAAAGUCUACCCGCCCCUGAACCUAAUAACCAUGAUCCUACAAGACACGUAGCUCUACAAGGCAACUGCAUUAGAACAUGCAUUAUAUUUACAGAAAACUGGAAUAUGGAAGCCCUAGGAGCUCAAGUGGAAUCUAUAGAUGAUUAUUUGAAAUCAUGCCAUGUUGAUGGAACAGACAAAAUCAUCAAAAGUCUCACGGACAGGCCAAAUGAGACUUUUAAAAGUCUCCUUGAAGAAGUUAUGAGCUUUAGAUAGGAUAAGGGAAAAAUCAUAUUCUCAUUUUGAUUCUACUGAUAAGAAAAAAGUCACUUUUAUGUUAACACUGGCUUUUAUCAAAGGAAAAAUUAUUUCCUGAGUUGAGGGAGAUGAAUCAAUCAAAGACAAUGAGAAAAGACUGACACACAAAGAACGUUUGUGAGGCUCUGACCUUCUCCAACGCUGGUUGUUGGAGCUUUCAUCUCAGUCUGGGUCACGCUGUGUUUCCAGAGGAUGGACGGAAGCCUCAGUCCAUGCACUCCACACCUCUACGUACCCAACAUGGGGAGGAGCACUGAGCCCAGCACUGGGAUAGGCUUCAGGGCCUAUCCAGGCAUGGCAGCCCAAGUUGGGUUUUGGCCCAAGUGAUCUCAUGUGGCACAUUUAGACAGAGGGUAAAUCACCACUCUAGAAUCUCAAUGAACACCUUCCUGCAAGAAAGGAUGCUGGAUUUGAAAUGGUGGUGGCAUUUCUUCUAAUUUGUGUUAGAAGGGAUUUGGGCUACAAAUCUGUGAGAAGAGUGUUUCUUCCUCUUCCAGGAAGGCAAUGAGGAAUUUGAAGGUACCAAGGCACCUCAAGGGGAAAGUACUGCGAAUGCUCCGGAGAGAAAAAAAGUUCCCUGUGUUUUUCUGCUUAGGGUUUGUACUGAAAUGCCAUUUCUAAAGGAGAAGUGUGAAAGGGAAAGGAUGUGACCCACUGUGAGGCAAGUGCGAGGUCUUCCUUUCUCUGAAGGCCAACACUGCAUCUUCCUCAAAGGGACCAACCCAGUAUAAUGAUUGAUCUUUAGGGGAAGGUUUCACUGUGAAUGUCUUGUUCAGUUCCCCUCCUACGUUAUUUUGAAUGUAUUCUGGAAAGUAUGGUACUCAAAGCUGCUUAGGAAUCAAAAUGUUUUCAGUGUAUUGACUAAUAUAUUAAAUCUCUGUAACUGUG